AUGAGGUCGUGUGCCGGUGAAGUUUUCGGUUCUGCAGGUUGGCAAUUUUCACUAGCAUUCGAUCUCGUUAAGAACAAAGACAAAACACUCCUAUUUCUUUCACCACUCUGCAAUCGCUAUUCCGCAAAAAUGUCAACCGGUGAGAAUGCUGCGGGCUCCGCAGCCGCAGCUGGGUCAGGCAGUCUCGGUAAGAAGGAACCGCCAAAAGGCUACAGUAACCCAGCUCUGGCAGCUUUGGGGCUCAGGACAAUCCGUCUUCCUUCCAGAAACUGGAUGAUUUUUUGGACGGUUCUUAGUGCCGGACUAGGAGGAAUUGCAUAUGAUAAGUAUCAACAGAAGCAAAUCCGCAAGCACUGGAUGCAGUCCUUUGAGCAUUUGGGACAAGAGCCUGCACCUUCUGGGUUCCUACCACGCAAGAUUAGGGUCUACGUUUCACCACCUCCAUCAGAUGUGUUGGACGAGUCUUUGAAAGUCUUCAGGAGGUAUGUGAAGCCACUGAUAAAUGCAAGUGGAAUAGAUUUUGAGGUUUUCACCGAGGAAAGAGUAGGUGAUAUAAGAGCUGGCGUUGCAGAAGAAAUCAGAAAUCUCCGCAGGCAGAAGUUGGGACUAGUCAAAGAAGAGAAGGAGGAUUCUCCGUCACUCAGUCUUCGGAAUAACCUUGGAGCAAGCAUGUUGAGAGCACCAGCACUGCAGCAGUCUGCCAAAGACGAAGAGGAUCAAACCAAGUCUGUGUCCGAACUGUAUUCUCCAUCCAGCUUGUUGGGGAUCAGGAAGUGGAAACCUGUAGCAGAUCCAUAUGUGAGCGAAGACUCGUUGGUGCAAAGUCCUUCUGAGGCUGGUGGUGUGAUUUGUCUUGGAAGAGGGGCUUUCAAGGAGUAUAUGCUUGGUGUUCACGAGGGUCUUCUUGGAGCUCUAGAUCCUCCAGCCGAGGUGGUUGAGACGAAGCAAUCUGAGUUAGAAGCUCCCAAAGUGGAGGAGCUCAAUGAGACAGCAAAAGAAGAAGACUCUUCUGAAAAGACCACUGAACCAACACCUACAACUGACGAAGAAGAUGAAGAGAAGAAACGGCCUGCUGUACCAAAGCCAUACAUAUUGCCCAAGGAUUACGCAGAUGCUGCCGUUGCACCUGAACUGGACCUUUCUAAGCCAUUAUUGGACGAUAAAGGAGUGCCAGUAUUUUUCCAGCAGCCCAUUUUGGUGCUGAGAUCAUACCAUCUUCUGGGCUUUUUGAGAACUCCAGAGAAGAUAUUCAGGUUCUACACCAAGCGGUCACAAGCCACUGAAUAUGCCUCAAAGACUGCCACUUUGAUCUCCAAAUCCACCAGACCGUUGACACUAGACGAUUCUUCUCAGGCGUCUGAUGAAGAAGCCGAUUGGCCUUCCAAAUGGGUCGAGCAAGCCCAUGAGAAGGAUAAUGACUGGGUGAGACAGUUCAGCUUUGAUGAACGGGUCAUCAGCAACAUGUACAUAUAUGAUGAGAAGAAGUGA